CUUACACCCACUGACCUGAACGUUCCGAACAAUCCUGCUGCGAGAAACCUAAUUGAAUCAGGUGUCUUCCAUGACAAUCCACCAAUAACAGCAUUCGGGAAGUGUACCAUCCAAUUGACAGCUCGUGCGAUGGCCAAUCGUGGGGUGAAAUCGAAGAGACUGAUAUGCUCUCCUACACUUCGAUGUAUUCAGACUGCCGAAGCGUUGGCCAAUUUCCUAAAGGCCAAAAUAGUGAUAGAGCCAGGACUUUUGGAACCAUUAGCGUGGUAUCGUGCUACGUCUCAGACAUUGCCCGACUUUCAUCUGGAUUUACUAUCCAAGUUAUACCCAAUAGAUACUAAUUAUACCCCUCAAUAUAAACUGGAUCAGCUACUCGAGAAUUUCGAUAGGGAACAAGAAAAGGAAGGAGUAGCUCGUAUCAAUAACGUUCUACGCUCACUCGCGCAAGAAAGUCGCGAAGAGCCUUUGAUUUUUGUUGCUCACGCUAUUACUCUUGCGGAAGCUGCCUCUCUAGCGACUUCAAAUUCUUACACAGACAAGAUGGAGGGAGGGGAAAUCAUUGACAGGAUUGGUUUGGGAGUGAGAUUCCCACCAGGUAGCUUGGUAGCAAUCCAGUGCAAAGGAGAGGGACAGUCGUCGUCCUAUGAUCUGUGCCCUGGUGUCGUACCACCGCUUUCCUACGGAGAGUUUUAUACGAAUCAACCAGUUUUUGAAGCUACUGCAUAA